AUGCUCCCUCCCAGGGCCGACGAAGGGAUUCUGAUGUCCCAGGUUGUACCCCGCCGUGCCGCGGAUUUGGGCCAUCUUUCUGAAGAGAUUGGUAUGGAGGUUAAAGAGUGUAUAUGUGUCCUCGCCGGGUGGGUUGUGGACAAGAAGCAGGACCCUUGUUCUCCUCGGCUGGUUAGCAUUGGCCUGAACAAUGACGGGGACGAACUCGAGGCUUGUCUGUUGUUUCUUGCAGGAAGUAUUGAGAAGAAGAAGAAGAAGAAGAAGAAGAAGAAGAAGAAGACGGCAGCAGGAGAUGGAGAAGAGGAGAUAAAGUAG